AUGUCUGCUGGUAUACCCGUCAAACUGUUAAAUGAAGCACAAGGUCAUAUAGUGUCGCUUGAAUUGAAUUCCGGUGAAACAUACCGUGCUGAAGAUAAUAUGAAUGUUCAACUCAAUGAUAUAACGCUCACCUCUAGGGAUGGUAAAGUCACACACUUAGAUCAUGUAUUUAUAAGGGGCUCAAAUAUCAGAUUCUUUGUUGUCCCAGAUAUGUUAAGAAAUGCUCCAAUGUUUGAUCCAAAUCAUACAAAACCACCUCCACCAAUUCGUGGUCCAAAAAGAAGAUAA